AUGUGGUGGGGGGUGGGUUGGUGUGUUUUUUUUUUUGGGUGGGGUUUGGUGGUGUUGGGGGGUAGGUUGGUUGGGGUGGGUUUUGUGUGUUUGGGUUGGUUGUGUGGUUUUUGGGGGUUGUUGGGUUGGUUGGGUGUGGUGUUUGGUGGUGGUGUGGUGGUGUGUGUUUUUGGGGUUUUGUGGGAGGGUGUUGUUGGUGGAGGGGUGUGGGGUUUGUGUGGGGUUAUGGGGUGGGUGUGGUGGUUGGGGGGGGUGAUGGGGGGGUGGGGGUUUGGGGGUUGGUGGGGGUUUUGGGUUUGUGGGGUUUUGGUUGUUUUUGUGGGGUGUGGGGGGGGUGGGGGUUUGGGGGGGGGGGGUGGGGUUGGGGGGGGGGGUGGGGGGGGGUGGGGGGGGUUGUUUGGGGUGUUUGGGGGGGGGUGGGUGGUGUGGGGUGGGGGGGGGUGGGGGGGGGGGGUGGGGGGUGGUUGGUGGGGGGGGUUGGUGGGGUGGUGUGGGUUUGUGUGGUGGUUGUUUGGUUUUUGUGGUGGGGGUGGGUGGGGGGUUGGGGGUGGGGGGGUGUGGGUGGUUGUGGGGGGGGGUUGGGGUGUGGGGGUGUGGGUGGGGGGGGGGGUGGUGGGGGGGUUGUGGGGGGGGGUGGUUGUGUUUUGGUGUUGGUGGGUUUGUGGUGGGGGUUUUUGUGUGGGGGUGGUGGGGUUUGUGGUUGUGGGUGGGUUUUUUGGGUGGUGGGUGGGGGGGUUGGGGGGGGUGGUUGGGUUGGUUGUUUGGGUGGUGGGGGGGUGUGGGGGGUUGGGGUUGGGGUGGGGGGGGGGGGUGUGGGGUUGUUGGGUGUGGGGGUUGUUGGUGGGGGGUUUUUGGGGUUGGGUGUGGGUUUGUGGGUGGGUGGGUGGGGGGGGGGGGGGGGGGGGGUGGGUGGUGGGGUGUGUGUGGGGGGGGGGUGGGGGGGUGGGGGGGGGUGGGGUGGGUGGGGGUUUUUUGGGGUGUGUGGGGGGGGUGUUUUGGGUUGGUGUUGGGGUGUUUUUUGGUGGUUGGGUUUUGUGGGGUGGGUGGGUUGUGUUGGGGUGUGUGGGUGGUGGUUUUGGUGGUUGGGUUUUGUUGUGGUUUGUGUUGUUGGUGGUGUUGUGGGGUUUAUGUGGUUUUGGUUUUUGUGAUGGGGGGGUGUGGUGGUGGUUGGGGGUUUUUUGUGUGAGUGGGGUUUUGGUUUGGGUGGGGUGGGGGGGGUUGGGGGUUGGUUGGGGGUGUUGGUUUGGGUUAUUGUUUUGUUGGGGGUGGUAUGAGUUUGGUUUGAGGUGGUGGUUUUUGUUAUGUGUGGUUUUUUUUGGGGUUGGGGGGGUUGGGGGUGGGUGGGGUUGUUUUUUGGGAGGGGGGUUGGUUUGUUGGGUGGGGGGGGGGGGUGUGGGUUGGUAUUUGGUGGUUGUGGGGGGGGUUUUAUGGUGGGAUUUGGGUUUUUUUUGGGGGUGGGUGUGGGUGGGGGGGGUGGUUGUUUUGUGUUUGGGGGGUUGGGGGUUGGUGUUUGGGGGGGGGGUUUGUUGGUGUGUUUGUUGUUUGGUGUUUGGGGGGUUGGUUGUUUGUGGGUGGUGGUUGUGGUGUUGUGUGGUUGUUGUGGGGGGGGGGGGGGGGGGUUUGGGUGGGGGGGUGGGUGGGGUGUUGUUGGUGGUGGGGUGGUUUGGUUGGUUGGGGGUGGGGUGUGGGGUGUUUGUUUUGGGGUGUUUGUUGUGGGGUGUGUUGUGUUGGGGUGGUGGGGGGUGUGUGUUGGGGGUGGGUUUGGGUGGGUGGGGUGUGGGGGGUGGUGGGGUGUGUGGUUGGUGGGGGGUGGUGUUGGGUGGUUGGGGUGGUGGGGGUUGUUUGUGUGGGGGGGGGGUGUGGUGGGGGGGGGGUUGGGGGGGUGUUUUGAGGAGGGUGGGGGGGGGGGGGGGGGGGGGGGGGGGGGUUGGGGGGGGGGUUGUGGUGGGGGGGUUGUGGGGGGGGGUGGGGUGGGGGGGGGGGGGUGGGGGGGGGUUGGUGGUGGGGGGGGGGUGGGGGGUUGGGGUGGGUGUUGUUUGGGGUGGUGGUUGUUGUGGUUGUUGGUGGGGGUGGGUGGGGUUUGUGGUUUGGGUUUUGUUUGUGGUGGGUUUUGUAUUUGGGGUUUGGGUUGGGGUUGUUUUGUGUUGGGGGUUAUUAUUGUGUUGUGUGGUUGGGGGUGGGUUUGUUUGUUUGGGUAUUUUUGGGGUUUGUUGUGGGUGUUUUUGUGGGUUAGUUGGGGUUUGUGGUGAGUUGAGUUGGUUGGGUUGGGUUGGGGGGGGGGUGGAAUUUGAGUGGGGGGGGGGUUUGAUGAUUGUUUGGUGGAUUGGGGUGUGGGGGUGUUGGGGUUAUUUUGUAUUGGGGGGUGAUUAUGAUUUAGAUAAUUUGUGGGAUAGUGUUUAG